UGCUGCUGCGGUCAGUGUCGUCGUCACAGGACUCAACCACAAAAAUAUAGUUCUUUAUUAUUCUAUACUAGAAUAGUUUAUUUGAUCAGUAAUGGUUAUACUUUUUAUUGUACUUUUAUCUUAUAUUCUCAUUAAAUGAGAAACAUCUAAAUUACAAUUUAAUUGCAAUUUCAUAUUGACUUCAAAUUUUUCGCGGAGGAAUAUACCUAAGCCUAUUGAUUGUGAGCUUUUCCCGUCGUCGUUGACCAAACGUCGAUUGUUGAAAGGGAGCAAGCAUGGCGGAUACGAAGACAGAGGCUAACUCUGUUAAUGGCCAAGAAAAAACCUACGGAAGAGUUGUCAUCACGCUUGAAAAUUGUAUAAUACCAUCCGGAAAACUUUCCCCAACACCCUCAGUUCUUGAUGGGUUAGAUAUAGAAACAGAAACUGAUCUUAGAAUUUUAGGAUGCGAGUUCAUACAGAUGGCUGGAAUCCUACUCAAACUGCCACAGGUUGCCAUGGCUACCAGUGAAGUUCUGUUCCAGAGAUUUUACUACUCCAAAUCAUUUAUCAAACAUAAUAUGGAGGUAGUUGCAAUGGCUUGUGUUUAUCUAGCAUCCAAGAUUGAAGAAGCUCCCAGAAGAAUACGUGAUGUCAUCAACGUCUUCCAUCAUAUACGACAGAAAAGAAAUAAUAGACCUGUAGACCCAUUGGUUUUGGAUGCAAAGUAUGUGAACUUAAAGAGUCAAGUUAUUAAAGCAGAAAGAAGAGUUUUAAAAGAACUUGGUUUUUGUGUACAUGUUAAGCAUCCACAUAAGAUGAUAGUGACAUUCCUGCAAGUCCUGGAGUGUGAGAGAAAUACUCAACUUGUACAAACCGCCUGGAAUUACAUGAAUGAUUGUUUAAGGACAGAUGUCUUUGUACGGUAUGCACCAGAAACCAUUGCAUGUUCUUGCAUCUACUUGUCAGCUAGGCAGUUGGAUGUGCCUUUGCCAAACAAUCCACCAUGGUAUGACUUGCUUAAUACCAAUGAAGAGGAGUUGCAACAAAUUGCUAUUACUAUACUUGCACUUUACACCAGGAAGAAGAGAACUUACGAGGAAUUGGAUAAGAUAGUAGAAAAAUGCAAAAUGAACAUGCAAGAAGCAAAGUUAAAGGCAAAAGGCAUUUCAGCUGAUACAGCAAGUACUACUGCAACACCUACAAGUUUCUCACCGAGUAAUUCAAGACCUGGGACCCCUAAACCAGCUCAUAAUUCUCCAGGACUGCCCAAUUCGUACAAGGUUCACAAAAAUCGACUAAAAAAUGAUGAAGCAAGGCCAGGAUCAGAUGGCAG